CGCUCGGCUCCGCUCCGCCCCAGCACUCCAACCAGCCUGUGCUGCCUUGCGUUGCAAGGAAGAGCAGUUCCCCGCACCGAUAUCCAUCAUCUCGAUCUGCUGCUCUUCCUCUCCUCGUCGUGCCUGCUCCCCCACUUCGCCUCUCUCUCCCACCCCGUCCACUGCCUGGAUCGAUCCACCGGCGGCUUCCGGCGGUGCAGCGCACGCCGCCACGCGCCUCAGAAAAUCGACUCUCCACCCUCCAUCAACUCAUGGAGAAGGGUCACCCAGAGUACUCCAAGUCCAUGAUUGACGCUAAGCACCAGGAGCAGGGGUUCUUUUUUUCACAGCGCUGCACCAACUGCGGCCAUGAGCUCGACUACAAGCCGGACAUGGUUGGGUUUCCUGCCGGUGUCAAGUUUGAUCCGACGGACCAGGAGCUGCUUGAGCACCUUGAGUCCAAGGUGAUGAAGAACGCUCACACGCUCAUCGAUGACUUCAUACCCACCAUUGAGGGAGAAGAUGGCAUUUGCUACACCCAUCCAGAGAAACUCCCAGGUGUGACAAAAAAUGGUCAGAGCAAACACUUUUUCCACAGACCAUCAAAGGCCUACACCACAGGCACGAGGAAGAGGAGAAAGAUCCACGCAGAGAGUGAGCUGUCCAACAGUAAAAAUGGUGCCGAGACGCGAUGGCACAAGACUGGCAAGACACGGCCGCUGAUGGUGGACGGGCGACACAAGGGGUGCAAGAAGAUCCUAGUCUUGUACAUCAACUUCGGUAAGACACGAAAGGCAGAGAAGACUAAUUGGGUGAUGCACCAGUACCACCUCGGCGACCUAGAGGACGAGAAGGAAGGGGAGUUGAUCGUAUCAAAGGUAUUCUAUCAGACACAGCCACGGCAGAGUGCCGCUGCCACAACAUCGACAUUAUUGCAUGAGCCUUCGACCGCUGCUGCCGUCCAGAUGCUGCGACAGCAACACCAAAUGCUGAAGCAAGGUGAUGAGAUGAAUAAGGGAAAUGAGGGGCAGGACCAACAGCAACAGAAAUUUGACCACAGUCCUGCUGGCUUGGAAGGACUAAUAAUGGCCUGCAAAUCAGCAAGUACAAAAGAAUUCCAAGGGAGAAUUGCAUCCUGCUUCGACAAGCUCAUCUGGAAGGUUUGGGAACCGGGGCCUAUGAAGAUACUGGCAUGGCUCAUGUUCCAGAACAGGCUAUGGUGCAACGAGAGACUGCAACGUCGAGGGUGGCCCAAUGAAUAUUUCUGCCAGCUUUGCAUGCAAAGUUUGGAAUCAAGUAAACACCUCUUUUGGACCUGCCCAAAAUAUCAGGAGGUUUGGAACAAAAUGAGCGAGUGGGAGGGAUGCGCCUCUCUCAAACCCAUGGAUGAUUGGCAUGAACAAACAGCCUCGGCCAUUGCUCUGAGAUCGCAAGAGGAAACAUCCCCCAGAUGGAAGAAGGGAGCCAAGACAAUGAGGCUCCUCGCCUGUUGGGCAAUCUGGCAAGAACGUAACCGAUGCACCUUCCAAAAGAAAUCGCCAAGCACCAGAGACAUCAUUGCAAGGAUCACAAACUGCAUGGAGCAAUGGAGGUUGGCAGGAGCUAGACGCAUAGAGAGCCUCUUCAGGGAACCACGGGAACUUCAACUACUCAGCCCGAAGAGGCGCAAUGGCCUUACCAGUACUAGCCGCCUGACAAGUGACAACCAAGAUCAGCAUCGGUAGAAUGGCAGUGAAAUACUCAUUGAUUAUGACGGACUCCGCAAGUACAUAGUUCAUUUAUGACAGAACUACGUAGUUAACUGCAAUUUGCAGAUCCAAGAACUAUAAGUGAGUCAGAGGUCCAAGAGGGGGUAGAGGAUAGCGAUACACAUUGCAUUAACGGGACGAAACUUAGGGGAAGCCCAUGGAAUUGCGAAGCAAAGACGAGAAGUUGUAUUCUCGUGCUGAGUUCAGGUCGAGGCUGACCUAUCUGAGAAAUCUGAAUGAUUUUCUCAGGGAAAUGGAAUGCGUAUUGUUGAACGCACCAUGGGUGAAGAUGAAAUCACUGGCACGUACUGUACCGUGACAAGUUUUUUAGAUGCAUGCUAAGAUUUUCUGAACUGUACAAAGUAGUACUCGUAUAGGCUAUGUGGGGCUAUAACAUACUGUACCAUCACAAGUUUUUUAGAUGCAUGCUAAGAUUUUCUGAACUGUACCAAGU